AUGACAAACUUCAAAUUUAGAAACAUCUUUGCCAAGACCGAGGAACGGCCCACGCCUCCAGAGGUGUACAACUGGCGUAUCUACGGCACAGCAAUCGUGGCGUCCACCGCCAGUGUUCUGAUCGGCUACGACACUGGGUUCGUGGGUGCGUGUUUCACCAACACGCAUUUCCUCGCCAACUUCGGACUCGUCCCCAACACCGGCAGCACCGACACCACGGUGUCGAACCUGAUCUCGUGUUUCCACGCAGCUGCGUUUUUCGGAGCACUGCUGUCGUACCCUCUGUCGCACUACUACGGACGCAAAGUGGCCCUGAUCGUCGCAGCAGGGCUGGCAACCGUCGGCGCGGCCGUCAUGCUCGCUGGCGUCACCGGCAGUCUGGCCCCCAUCUACGUGGGCCGUGUGUUUACGGGACUCACCGUCGGUGCGUCCACCAACCUCACCGUGGUGUAUCUCAGCGAAGUGUCGCCCGCGCCCAUUCGAGGCCAGAUCAUCGCAGCGUUCGAAAUUGGCUGGCGUGUGGGCGACCUCGUUGGGUUCUGGAUCAACUACGGCAUCAACCAGCACGUCCCGCCCGGCAACAAACAAUGGAUCAUCCCCGUGGGCGUGCAACUCAUCCCCGCAGGCCUCUUUUUCGCAGGCUCCUUUGUCAUGCUCGAGUCGCCCCGGUGGCUAUUUCAGGUGAACCGCGACGAAGAGGCCAUCCGAAACCUGUGUUUCCUGCGUAACUUGCCCGUCGAAAACGGCUACAUGGUGUGGGAAAUCAACUCCAUUCGCGACUCUAUUGAAACGCAAAACGCCCAGAUCGGUCCCGGAAUGCUCGACCCGGCCAAAGAGGUGUUUGUGCGCAACCGCAAGUACGCCCGCAGACUCGUCAUCAGCGCCAUGCUGUUGGUGAUCCCCAACUUCAUGGGCAUCCAGUCCAUCAAUUACUACUCGCCCAAGAUCUUCGCCAACAUCGGUGUCAAGGGCACCAACGCAACCCUGUUUUCCUCCGGCAUGUUUGGCGUGGUCAAAUUCAUUUGCACUUUCAUCUACAUCCUGUUCAUCGUCGACAAUUUUGGCCGUCGCAAGGCGUUUUUGUUGUCGGCUUCUGUAUGCUCGCUGUGUUUUUGGUACUUGGGAGCGUAUCUAAAGAUCAACGACCCUACCAAGGCAGGAAACGUGGCUGGCCCAGGCGGCAAAGCGGCCAUUGGCUUCAUGUUUAUCUGGACCGCCUCGUUCAUUUUGGCAUGGUCUGGUGGACCAUUUGUUUGGAGUUCUGAAGUGUUUGAGCAAAACAUCCGUACGUUUGUGCAAGCCAUCAACGCUGCGAUGUCGUGGGUGCCCAUUUUCAUCAUGACGCGGUUGACCACGACCAUGAUAGACAAGAUGCAGUACGGGAUUUUCUUCUUCUUUGCUGCUGUUGCGGCGCUCGCAGUCCCCUUUGUGUUUUUCCUGGUACCGGAGACCAAAGGAAUCGCAUUGGAAGACAUGGACGGCUUGUUCACCAAGGGCGUUCCUGCGUACCGCGCGCACAAGCGGGUCAUGGAAAAAGCGGCCGAAACGGUCAUCGAGGAGCAAACGUCGCAGCAAUUAUUCGACGACCGCCAGUCGUCGAAAAAGGCAGAGACCAAAUAUGUCGAGGACGCUGGCGCCAAUCAACGCUCUGGCCGGGAAGAACUCCGCGUGUGA